AUGCAUGCCAUAAUUCCAAUUCAAACCUGCCGCCGUCUACUCAACUUGGCCGCCGUUGCCCGUUUUCCUCGGUCACCUCCAUCAUUUCUCCUCUUCCAAUGCACAAAAAUGAGUUGCGAAGCGAGUCCGAGUACGAGUAAAGAAGCACAAUGCGAAAUUUGUGGACGGAUUUUAAAGUCGGAAAAACAUCUGAAAAAUCACGAGAAGACGCACGAUGAGGACGAAAGAAAACUGGAAUGCGCUACCUGCCAAAAACGAUUUCACACUGCCGAAUUGCUGCGGAAACAUCAAUUUGUACACAAAAUAGCAAAAAAAUCAAUAAUAUGCGAUAUAUGCGGAAAUGCAUACAGUUCGAACACGGCGUUGUCAAAACAUCAGAGAACUCAUAAAUCUACGAAAAGAUUCACAUGUCCCACCUGCUUCGCAUCGUUCGAUUUGAGCGAUCCAUUCAAAAUUCAUCUACGAAAACACGAUAAUUUGAAACCAUUCGGAUGUAGUUACUGCUUCAAACAAUUCUCAUCUCGAUCGGUUUGUCGAAGACACGUUCAAUUGAUGCACGAAAAUCAGAAGAAAGAGAAAACGAAAGUGGACGUAAAAUAA